AUGAUGAAUUUAUUAAAGAAAAUUAAAGACAAUGCCAAGAAGAAACAGAAGCAAGAAAUCCUUAUCGGUGGCUACACGACCCACGACUGGUCGCCCAGCGUCGGUCGAGGAACGUUCUCCCACCUGGCCAUUGACGACACGCCCGGAUCCACUUCCAGCUCCCUGUUGGCAAAGCCACAGCACCCACCACUUUCCGCUGCUGCAGAUUUGUGCAACGGAUAUGUAGUGCGGAACGGUCGAGCCCCUCUCCGUCGUGAGACCACCGACGCCGCCGCGAACCAAUCACGGCGCUCGGUUAGGAUCGCGUGUUCGGCUGUGUUAAGUGAAAGGACAGAGACCUAA